AUGAUUGGUGAGAAAUCAGUCGAGAAGUCAACCGUCGUUUUAGAUAGUUCGUCUAAUUCAUUAUUUGAUCUAACAUUAAAUGAUCUUCGUAAAGCGAUUGUCGAAAACUUAAUUAAAAAUCCAAAAAUUUUCAAAGGCGGUAAAGACAAUGUGAAGAAAUGGAUUGAAGAAAUUGAACAUCUUUUCGAAGUAGCGCAUAUUCCGGAUUCUAUCCGACUAGAUUUAAUUUCUUAUUCUCUACGAGAUGAUGCACUAGAAUGGUUUCGAAAUAAUCGAUCAUCAUUUAGUUCGUGGAAUAUUUUUGUACAGGAAUUAAAACGAGCCUUUACUUCAUCAUUCCUUGGAGAAUUAGCGUUCAAAAAACUAGAAUCGUAUAGUCAAGGAGAAAAUCAGUCUAUUCGAAAUUAUUUUAAUGAAGUUCUUAAACUAUGCAAAGAGGCUGAUGAUACUAUGAGUGAAUCAACAAAACUAAAAAAUUUGUUAAAUAAAACUAAACCUAGUAUUCAAUUUGAAGUUCGUAAGAACAAACCUACGUCAACGACAGAGUUUCUUCAUUUUGCUAAAGAAGCGGAGAAACUAAUGCAGCUAUCCGAAAUGACAGUUAAUAAUACUAAUACUCAGGAAACUAUUCAGAUGAGUCAAAAAUCAAUGUCAUCAUUUGAUUCUAAUCCCUCAUUUCGGAUGAAUCAACCGUUUAAUGCUAAUCCGAAUAACUAUUGGACUAAUUACUCACGAAAUUUCGAUAAUAGCUAUCAAACAUUGAAUAAUCGUAAUUCUUAUUAUAAUCCUAAAUUUUCAUCAUCGUCGAAUGCAUCAGCUUCUCCAAAUAAGGCCCGAGUUAACAAUAAUUCUUUACGAUUUCAUCAACAGAACAUGACUAAACCGUCUAUUAAUAGUAAUCGCAAAAAUUUUCUGUACGCACAAUCGAAUUCUUCGAAUAAUAAGCAGUUUCGUCAGCCUACUGCAAACACAAUUAAUCCAUCAUAUACAUCCGUAGAUAUAGAACCGAUACAAGAUUCAGUUUCUGCAACUACUUGCAACCGAUGUAAUCAAUUUGGACAUGAGGCCUCAGCCUGUCCAAAUUUUUAA